AGAUAAUCUGUGCUCCAAUGACUUUGUAAAUCAACAACAAUGGUAUUAGUAAGCAAGGGUGACUUCAUCUGGAUUGAGCCCGGAAAAACAGAGGGAUCGAUUCCAAUUGGAGCACGCGUCAUCGACCAAGACCAUGGACGUUUGAAAGUGAUUGACGAUCUUGGAAAUGAACAAUGGCUAUCGGCGGAUCGACGGGUCAGGCUGAUGCAUCCGACAUCAGUUCAGGGUGUGGAAGACAUGUGUCAGCUGGGCGAUUUUCAUGAGAGUGCGAUUUUGAGAAAUUUAUUUAUCAGAUACAGAGAAAAACUUAUUUAUGCCUAUACUGGUUCAAUUUUGAUAGCAGUAAAUCCAUAUAUGGACAUUGCUAUCUAUACAGCUGAUGAGAUUCGGAUGUACAAAAGGAAACGAAUCGGAGAGCUUCCACCCCACAUUUUUGCAAUUGCUGAUAAUGCGUAUACAAAUAUGAGGAGGGAAAAGAAAAAUCAAUCUGUCAUUAUCAGUGGCGAAUCUGGUGCAGGAAAAACUGAAUCCACAAAACUGGUCCUCCAGUUUUUGGCAACAAUCAGUGGACAACACAGCUGGAUCGAACAGCAAGUCCUAGAAGCAAAUCCGGUUCUCGAAGCAUUUGGUAAUGCGAAGACCAUCCGCAAUGAUAACUCGUCUCGAUUUGGAAAAUACAUUGAUGUACAUUUUAACGAGAGUGGAUCUAUUGAAGGAGCGAAAAUUGAACAAUAUUUGUUGGAGAAAUCGAGAAUUGUUACUCAAUCAGAGAAUGAGAGAAAUUACCAUAUAUUUUAUUGUUUGUUGGCAGGACUGUCCAGAGAAGAAAAGUCGGAGCUAGAAUUAGGAACAGCUGCUGAUUAUUAUUAUUUGAUUCAAGGAAAAACACUGACAGCAGAAGGCCGUGAUGAUGCUGCCGAUUUGGCUGAAAUCCGAUCCGCAAUGCGAGUUCUCAUGAUCAACGAGCAAGAAAUUGGAAGUAUCUUCAAACUUUUGGCAUCUCUUCUUCAUAUUGGAAACAUCAGAUUCCGACAGAAUACGAAUGACAACAUGGAAUCAGUUGAUGUAGCCGAUCCAUCAACUCUUGUCAGAAUUGCAAAACUUUUGCAACUCCACGAGCAAAAUCUUCUUGACGCAAUUACUACUAAAAGCUUAGUAACGCGCGAAGAACGAGUGAUCUCUAGAUUGAAUGGUCAACAAGCCGUCGAUGCAAGAGAUGCCCUUGCGAAGGCAAUUUAUGGAAAAUUAUUCAUUCAUAUCGUUAGAAGAGUGAACGAUGCAAUUUACAAACCGUCGCAGUCAAGAAGAACAUCUAUCGGAAUUCUUGAUAUCUUUGGGUUUGAAAAUUUUGAAAGUAAUAGUUUUGAGCAACUUUGCAUUAACUUUGCAAAUGAGACAUUACAACAAUUCUUUGUUCACCAUGUGUUUAAGAUGGAGCAGAAGGAGUAUGAUGAGGAGCACAUUAACUGGCGUCACAUAAAAUUUGUCGAUAAUCAGGCUACAGUCGAUUUGAUUGCUCAGAGACCGUUGAAUAUUUUGUCUCUUAUUGAUGAGGAAAGUAUUUUCCCAAAAGGAACUGAUAAGACAAUGCUGCUCAAACUUCAUUCAACACAUGGCAGAAACGAGCUCUAUUUGCAGCCAAAAUCUGAGCUUCAGAGAGCAUUUGGAGUCACUCAUUUUGCUGGAAAUGUGUUUUACAACACACGAGGUUUCCUCGAAAAGAAUCGAGAUUCCUUUUCAGCCGACUUGUCCGUGCUCAUUUCCUCAUCAAAAAUGCCAUUCCUUGCUCGAUUAUUCGACGACAUAGAAUACGACACAAGCUCCAGAAAGAAGGUGACCGUCGGAAAUCAAUUCCGAAGAUCGUUGGAGCAACUUAUGUCCCAGUUGACUCAAACACAUCCAUUUUUCAUCAGAUGCAUCAAGCCGAAUGAGAUGAAGAGAGCACUUGUGAUGGAUAGAGAUCUUGUAUUAAGACAGCUUCGCUAUUCCGGAAUGAUGGAGACUAUCAAAAUCAGAAGGAGUGGUUAUCCGAUUCGUCAUGACUACUAUCCAUUUGUCUUCCGUUAUCGUGUCUUAGUUUCUUCCAUCCAGGGACCAGUGAACAGGAUCGAUUUGCACGAUGCAGCCAAAAAAAUUUGCCACAUGAUUCUUGGAACAAAUGCUGACUAUCAACUUGGAAAAACUAAAGUCUUUCUGAAAGAUAAACACGACUUGGUUCUGGAGCAAGAGUACUACCGCAUAUUGAAGGAUAAGGCAAUUGUUAUUCAGAAAAAUGUCAGGAGAUGGUUAGUGAGAAAAGACUUUGAGAAGCAAAGACAAGCUGCUGUCACCAUUCAAACUGCAUGGAGAGGUUUUGACCAAAGGAAAAGAUAUCGUCAGAUUAUUUCCGGUUUCUCACGCCUUCAGGCUGUUUUGCGUUCGAGACAAUUGGUGUCACAUUAUCAAACUCUACGAAAGACAAUCAUCCAAUUUCAAGCUGUAUGCCGCGGGUCUCUAGUACGUCGUCAGGUUGGAGAAAAGCGAAAACGAGGCGAGAAAGCACCACUCACAGAAGUUUCAUCCACUGCUUCAGUUAUUUCGGAUUCACAUGAGGAAUUAGUUGGUCAUUUGUUCGACUUCUUGCCAUCUGACGGGAAAGAUUCUGGGAACGAAAAUGAUAGUGCGGAUAGCAGCAGACGUGGAUCCUAUUCUAGACUUCAUACAUCUCCUGUAAUGCCACCAGCAAACAUCCCAAGAGUUGACUCGUACGUAGAUGAAGAUCUCAGUAAAUAUCAAUUCGGAAAGUACGCGGCAACAUUCUUCCAAGCUCAAGCCACUGCGACUCAUGUUAAGAAGCCAUUGAAAACUGCGCUUCUCACCCACACCGAGCCAAGUGCACAACUUGCGGCUUUGACCGCAUGGACCACAAUAUUACGGUUUAUGGGAGACUUGGCUGAUGUCAAACCAGGUUCCACGAAUGGGUCAGAAGUUUAUGACAAAACUCCUGUAAUGAUCAAGCUUUAUGCAACACUUGGAAAGAAAUUCAGUGCACAUGAUUUGGAAGAAGCUAUGCUUUCUAGUGAAUAUGGCGGAGCAAAAACCUUGAAGAAAGGAAUGGGCAGAAAAUUGAUCAGUAUGACACUGAAACGAAAAGGAAAGAUCAAUGGAUCAGAUACAUCAUCUAUAUCUUCUGAUAGUGUUUAUUCAAGUUUCAAUGCAAUGCUGGAAAACAAGCCAAUGACUAGUCUCGAUAAACUACACUACAUCAUUGGACUCGGAAUUCUGAGAGAAGAUUUGAGGGACGAAAUAUACUGUCAAUUAUGUAAGCAAUUGAGCAACAACCCGUCGAAGCUGUCUGCAGCACGCGGAUGGAUCCUCCUGUCACUUUGUGUCGGAUGCUUUGCUCCUUCAGAACGAUUCAUUAAGUAUUUGUUCUGUUUCAUCAGAGAAAGAGGACCCGCUGGAACUGGUUAUUCUAAAUACAUCGAGGAUAGAUUGCGAAGAACACAGGUGAAUGGUACGAGACACCAACCACCAAGUUAUGUGGAGCUGCAAGCGAAUAAAUCACAAAAGCCAGUAGUCUUGGCCGUAACAUUUAUGGAUGGAAGUGUCAAGACGCUUUGCGCAGAUUCUGCAACAACGGCUGCGGAGCUGUGCAAGCAGCUAGCAGAGAAAGUUGGACUAACGAAUUCCUUCGGGUUUAGUCUGUAUAUUGCACUUUUUGAUAAGGUUUCAUCACUGGGAAGUGGCACUGAUCACGUUAUGGAUGCAAUUUCACAGUGUGAACAGUAUGCAAAGGAGCAAGGAAGGCAAGAGCGGAACGCUCCAUGGAGACUAUUUUUCAGAAAGGAAAUUUUCAGUCCAUGGCAUGACCCAAGAGACGAUCCCGUCAGCACAAACUUGAUCUACCAGCAAGUAAUCCGUGGAAUAAAAUAUGGAGAAUACAGAUGUGACAAGGAUGAAGAGCUUGCCGCCAUAUGUGCGCAACAAUAUUACAUUGAUGAAGGUACAAUGGAUGUGAAUAAACUUGAAAACAACCUUCCGUCUUAUCUACCUGAUUUUGAAAUGUCUGGCAAAGAAAUGGCACUUGAGAAAUGGACUCAAACAAUUAUGCAUCAGUAUAGAAAAAAAUUCACUGGCCGACUUCCUUCUCAGAUUGAAGUCAAAGAAAACGUCGUUUCUGUUGCAAAAACAAAAUGGCCUCUUUUGUUCUCCAGAUUCUAUGAAGCAUUGAAAUUCGCUGGACCCCCAUUACCAAAGAAUGAAGUUAUUAUUGCUGUGAAUUGGACUGGUGUCUAUGUGGUUGAUGAUCGAGAGCAUGUGAUGCUCGAGUUCAGUUUUCCAGAAAUAUCAACGGCUUAUUAUGGAAAGGGAAAACGAAGUACAACCGACACUUGCACAGUCAGAACUGUGGUUGGAGACGAGUACACAUUCCAAUCACCAAACGCAGAUGAUAUCACUAAUCUAAUUGUUAUGUUCCUGGAAGGCCUGAAAAAGCGAAGCAGAUAUCUUGUUGCUAUCAAGUCUCAAAAAGGAGACGAGAAGAACAAUUUUCUUGAAUUCGAAAAAGGCGACCUGUUGAUUCUAGUGAAUGAAUUCACCGGAAACACACUACUCACCGAAAGUGUUGUAAAAGGGGAGAAUUCUAGAACAUGCUUGUUUGGCCUUAUCCGAGCUGAAAAUGUUUACGUUCUGCCAACUCUUGUGAAGCCAUCGAAAAACACUUUGCAAAUCUUCCCGAAAGAUAUGGAUUUAAGUCUUGACCUGUUCAACAACAACAAACAAGUUACCGUAGUCGAUUAUAAUGCAGAACCGUACACUCUUGAAAACUUUGCCGAAGACAAUUUCAACUCUCAAGUAAAAAGAGUGGGGUCACAAAUCUCUUUAAUGACGCUGAGAAAGAAAGAAUCGCAAAUUGAAUGCUGGAGGUUUUCCAGAGAACAUAUUGAUCAACCACUGCUUAAGAAGUUAAAUGGAAGAGAAGAUGCUUGCCGUGGUGCUAUCGAAAUAUUCGCAGCGAUCAUGAAGUACAUGGGCGACGAGCCAUCAAAGAGAAGUCGCCUCGGAACUCAUCUAACUGAUCACAUUUUCAAAUUGCCAAUUUCGAUGGAAGCCCUGCGCGAUGAACUGUACUGCCAACUUGUGAAACAAUUGACUUUGAAUCCUUCAAUCAUGUCAGAGGAGCGUGGUUGGGAGCUUCUCUGGAUGGCAACUGGGCUAUUUGCUCCGAGUGCUGCUCUGGCAAAAGAAAUCAGUCAUUUCCUGAAAUCCAGACCACAUCCUAUAGCAUUAGAUUGUCAGAAUCGCAUGCAGAAGCUUGCGAAGGGCGGAAGCAGGAAAUAUCCCCCACAUCUUGUCGAAGUUGAGGCAAUUCAACACAAAACAACGCAAAUCUUCCAUAAAGUGUUUUUCCCAGACAACACGGAUGAGGCGAUCGAGGUGGACUCUGCGACCAGAGCCCGCGACUUUUGUCACAAGAUCGGCUAUAGGCUAGGAUUGAAAUCGUCCGACGGGUUCAGUUUGUUUGUCAAAAUAAAGGACAAAGUGCUGGCUGUUCCGGAAAGCGAGUUUUUCUUCGAUUAUGUAAGAUCACUUUCCGAUUGGGUUCAUACGAAUCACGCGACACAAAAGGAUGCAACAAUGAUACCGAUCAACUACCAGGUCUACUUUAUGAGAAAACUUUGGUAUAACUUUGUGGCCGGUGCUGAUCCACAAGCAGACAUCAUCUUCCAUUAUCAUCAAGAAUCUCAAAAGUACCUUCUCGGAUAUCAUAAAACCACCAAAAAUGAUGUCAUUGAACUAGCUGCUCUUAUUUUACGCUCAAUGACUAAAGAUGGCAAAAAUGCACCUCUGGCUCAAAUACCUCAAUUACUUGAUGAAAUUAUACCUAAGGAUUCGUUGAAAAUGUACUCAGCAAGUGAAUGGAGGAAAACCAUCAGUAAUGCCUAUGCAAGAAUAGAGCAUUUAAAGUCAGAUCAAGCGAAAAUUGAGUUCCUGAACUACAUAUGCAGAUGGCCAACAUUCGGCUCCGCAUUCUUCCCAGUUUCACAAUACUCUGACCUAAACCUUCCUGAUAGACUACUUCUUGCGAUCAAUCAAACUGGAGUGAACAUUUAUCACUUGGAUACUAAGAACCUUCUUGUUCAGUAUCCAUUCAAUGUAAUUUGUAAUUGGACAAGUGGAAACACAUACUUUAACAUGACCGUUGGUAAUAUGCUGAAGGGUAACGAAGGAAAGAAACUUCUUCUUGACACCACUGUCGGUUACAAAAUGGACGACUUGCUCACCUCUUAUAUAUCACUGCUAAUAUCAAAUCAAAAUAAUCACCCAUCAAAAACUAGGGAAGUGGCAUUAUAGAUUGUUUAAAGUUAUUUUUUUUUCUUUCUUCUUCCAAUUCGAUAAAAACGAGUCCAUUCCCCCCCCAAAAAAUACCCCAUUGUUUUUACGAUUUUCUUUCCAAAAUGCUGGUUCCGUCGCUCAUUUCACUAAUUUCACUGUUUUUUGCAUUUUUCCCAGAGUAUUUUCUUCAUUCUAUGAACUGUAUGUACUCCUCCCCAACUCGAAUGUAUUUGAUGACAUUAUUUUGUUUAAAAUCCAGUUAUACAUAAAUCAUUCAUAC